AAAGAACCUAUACUUUAUGGACAGCCCUCGUAUUAUUGUGUUUUUACUAUUAGCCCAAUUUUAUAGCCUUAAGAGUAGGGCUGUGCAUAAAAAUCGAUACAACGAGGAAGUGCAAGUGACAUGAAUAAGCAAAAUGGCCGAGAGGAUUCUAGAAGCGCCGCUGUCCCUAAAAGCAGAUGUUUGGGCACAUUUUGGUUUUAAAGCCAGUGAAAAAGACCAGGGACUGGGCAAAAUAAAUGCAAUAUGCAGGCACUGUAAUAGUACGGUACGCUAUUCUGGAAACACUACCAACUUGCGGGCUCACCUACAUAGGCACCAUGCUGACAAGCUAGCAGCAGCACCAAAAUCACAACAGAAACCUGUAGACCCGAAGCAAACGACUCUGGACAACACCACGUAUAAGUUUCCAUCUACCUCACCGCGUGCAAUCAAGAUUACUGACUCGGUGGUGCAUUUCAUCUGCCUGGAGUUGCGUCCCUACUGCGUGGUUGAAAACAGAGGCUUUCGCUACAUGGUAAAUACGCUGGAGCCACGUUACGUUAUCCCAACCCGUCGCUAUAUAACUGAAAUAGCUGUGCCCAGGAAGUACGAAGAGGUCAAAGAACAUGUCAGAACUUCACUAACUUCAGCUGCAAGAGUUGCCCUUACGUGCGACGGGUGGACAUCUCGAACCACACAGUCAUAUGUAACGAUCACCUGUCAUUUUAUUACCGACGACUGGGAGCUAAUGGCGUUCGUUUUACAAACAUGAGCCAUGCAUGAGAGCCAUACGGGGACUAACAUAGCGGAGUUACUGAAAAUGGCGCUGGAUGAGUGGAGCAUAGCAUCCAAAAACCCGGCUGAGCUAACCGGUAUGUUGCAUUUCAAGUGUUUUGCCCAUACUCUCAACUUGGCAUCACAACGUGCACUGAAGCUCCCUAAUGUUGCCCGUUUGUUGGGUCGAGUGAGGCGCAUAACCAGCUUCUUCAGGCGCAGCGCUACAGCGAGCCAUGUACUGCGACAAAAACAAAAACUACUGCAGUUGCCUGAACAUAAACUGCUAACUGAUGUAACUAGGUGGAAUAGCGCUCAUGAUAUGCUCCAACGUUUUCUUGAGCAGCAACCCGCUAUAUCUGCCGCUCUACUGUCUGGUGAAAUAAGGAAGACAGAAAAAGAAGUCUGCACCCUCAGUGAGUCAGAGAUAACAUCUGCUGAGGAGAUUGUGGAUGCCACGAAGCCCAUGAAGGUAGCUACACUUGUGAUGUCUCAGGAAAACAUCCCAACCUUAUCAGUUGUGGCACCACUUCAUGCUCAGUUCCUCCAUGAUCUUCAAGAAAGCCCAUCUGAUUCUGCAUUAGUGAAAAAAAUAAAAUCAGCCAUUUGUGAGGACCUGAGCAAGAGAUACAAGGACGAGCAGAAAGAGACUUUAUACGUGUGUGCAGCUAUGGAUCCAAGAUUCAAGGCACUUCUCUUCCUCUCCGAUGAUGAACGCCAGGACAUCUACAUGAGGGUCAUUGCAGAGGCAGGAGGGAUCCAGCAACCAUUUCAGGAACAGGCUGAAACAGAGACAGCAGACCCCGAUGAGGUGCUAGUGCAGGAUGACAACAAGCAGGACAUCUCUACUGGUCCACCCACCAAGAGAGCAAGGUCAUCAUGCAGUCUGGCUGAUCUUCUUGGUCAAACAUGCAGUACAGGUACUGCAGCGAGACAUAGAACCACACAGGAUCACACUGAGGAGGAAAUUACUCGAUACAAACAAACUGCUCCCAUGUCCCUUGUAGGUGGCAAUCCACUCAGCUGGUGGAAAGAGCACCAGACCGAGUAUCCACUUUUGUCACGUCUUGCAAAAACCUACCUGUGUAUUCCAGGGACUAGUGUCUCUUCAGAGCGAGUAUUUUCCACUGCAGGAGAUAUAGUCACUGCACAGAGAAGUGCACUUAACCCAGAGCAUGUUGACCAACUACUGUUUCUACACAAAAAUAUAAUGGAGUAGAGUGGCAUUUGUGAAGUCCACAUUACUGAGAGGAGUUCUUUAACUUUGUGUUCUAUUUAUGUUCAAUACUGAUGUUUCAGCCAGGAGUUGUAAUAAGCUGAGUGGACACCACUCAUGGUUUUCAAUAUGUUUGGUUAAAAGCAUUAUAGAUGCACUUUUUUUUUUUAUCUAUGUUAAAAAUACUGAUGUUUCAGCCAGGAGUUUUAAUAAGCUGAGUGGACACCACUCAUGGUUUUCAAUGUUUGGUUAAAAGCAUUAUAGA